ACCUCUCUUUUUCACUCCGUGUCUGCAGUCCUUUGCCUCUUCUGGUAAACAUCCACUUGACAACACACAUAGCUAUCCGAUCUCUUCCCAUUUGUCAUUGUCCGCAGUCAUCAUUCUAAUCACUUAUACUUGGGCUUUGUGUGCUACAACAAAGGAUCCCCUGAUUUAAACCCCGAUGCCAGUAAGACAAGGCUCUCAGUCGCAGGAUGUAGAAGCCCAAAACCAAGCAACAGACAUGAUGCGUCCACGCUGGCUCGCCCAACUCCUUGCUGUUUUUCGACCUUUUUGGGCGAUACUAUGGUGGCUGCUGACGGCAUUGGUAUCCCUUUUCAAAGUACACCGUGUUUAUUCAGGUCGCUGGGUCCAAAAAGCGGUAUCUUCAAGCUCAGAGCAUCAUCAUGACGGAUCCCAGCACAAUGAGUCAUUGAUCAACGGCUCUCAUACACCUGGUAGAGCAAGCGUGGACGAGAUGGCAUCUGUUCCAAACGAGCAGCAGUCAGUGGACAUCCCAAUAGACGUAAGGAUAACAGAGGGACUACCAACUUUAGUGAGCAGGCUAGCCAAAGGACCUGCCAUACACACAAAUUCAGGCGAAUCGAGUCCUUCGGACCAACAGCUGCCGAGUGAUAUUCCGUCUGGCAUGCUCAGUCCGAGUGAAACACCCAGUGGACACGACACCACCAUCACAACCCCUCUGUUACCGAAUGGUCAGCCACAGUCGGGAGAUAUCACUGACGAGUAUGAGCCCGCACAGCUCGAAUUCACCAGGAACGGCUAUCUAAUAACCAGAAGCCAAGAAAAGAAAGGCGUGAGAAUCUCCAUGGAUACCCAGGGCGGGGUCAGCAUCAUGCGAAGUGUCAUUUUUGACAAACUCGGCCUACCGCUGGAGCCUUGCGAGGAGUCCCUGGUGCCAUUCCGAAUAGCCGGGGACACAGCCAAAGUUCCGACGAUCGGAAAAGUCUGUGUGGACUGGCGCUUUGCGCAGGGUCUCAUAACUUACCGAACGGACUUUCAUGUGGUCGAAAACGAUCAAUUCGACGUGUUGAUCGGCUUGCCCACGAUCUCGCAAUACAAGCUGCUGCAACCAAGUUCCGACAUCCCCACGGUUAUGGUGCGCGAUCAUCUUGAUCGAAAAACAAUGGUGGGAAUGCUUUGAGCUGAGAGGCUAUGCCCCCAAUAAUUAAAGUCGACAGGCUGUGUUAAUUGUGUGCAGUCCUGAAUCCAUUUUUGUCCUGCGGGGUUGUGCGGCUGGUCAGCUUAUCUUUAUCAGGUGCACGG